AUGAGACCUAUUCUUCUCAAGGGGCACGAACGUUCGCUUACGCAGGUUAAAUUCAACCGUGAAGGUGAUUUGAUCUUUUCCUGUGCCAAGGAUAGUGUUGCAUCUGUUUGGUAUGCGAUCAAUGGUGAGAGAUUGGGAACUUUCGAAGGUCACCAAGGUACAAUUUGGUCGAUUGAUGUGGAUAAGUUCACGCAGUACGCAGUGACUGGGUCUGCCGAUUUCAGUAUUAAAUUGUGGGACGUGCAAACAGGUCAAAAUGUCUACACCUGGAAGACUAAGACCCCCGUAAGAAGGGUCGAGUUUGCACCAUCUGGUGAUAAGAUAUUGGCGGUGUUGGACGGUGUGAUGGGCUACCCAGGCAGUGUUACUGUGUAUGAAAUCCCCCGCGACACGCAGUCGCACCAACUUCAUCAAGAACCAUCUGAAGAGCCUCUAUUCAACAUUUUAACUCAUGAGGGGUUCGAUAUGGCUGCUGUGGCCUCGUGGAGUUUCCAGGAUCAAUAUAUUGCUGUGGGACAUAAGGACGGGCGCGUUUCCAAGUACGACGGUGCCACUGGCGAAUUCAUUGACGCUCUAGAACUGCACACACAAAGCGUCAGCGAUAUUCAGUUUUCGCCAGAUGGUACCUACUUCAUCACUUCCUCCAGAGACAGCGACGCGAAGCUUGUCGACAUUGAGACCCUCGAGGUUCUCAAGACAUACGAAACCGACUGUCCUCUGAACAGUGCAUGCAUUACUCCACUCAAGCAAUAUGUCAUUCUCGGCGGUGGUCAGGAUGCCAAGGAUGUCACGACAACUAGUUCGCGCGAAGGUAAGUUCGAAGCUCGUCUAUACCACAAGAUCUUCCAAGACGAAAUCGGUAGAGUCAAGGGUCACUUCGGUCCUCUAAAUUAUGUCGCUGUUAGCCCUCAGGGUACCUCCUACGCAUCCGGCGGUGAAGAUGGUUUUGUGCGUUUACACCACUUCGACAAGAGUUAUUUCGAUUUCAAAUACGACGUGGAAAAGAGUGCUGAAGCUCAAAAGCAUAUGCAAGAAUUGGAGUCCAGCGCUUAG